AUGUUGAGCUACAUCCUCUACUGGUGCGCCGUCAUCUCCAUCGGGUUGUUGACCAUCUUCCAAUGCAAGGGCUCGAAGAAGAAGGGCGCCGACCCGAAGGCCGCAGCCGCCGCCGGCGCGAAGAAGCCCGGACAGUCUGUGAUGCAGAAGCCUGCCGGUGAAGCCGGAGACAAAACGAAGAAGGAUGAUGCGAAGAAGGAGGGAGAUGAGAAGAAGGAUGACAAGAAGGAAGGCGAUGAUAAGAAGGAUGACAAGAAGGACGACGAGAAAAAGGACGACAAGAAAGAUGAUAAGAAGGAUGAGAAGAAGGACGACAAGAAGGAGAAGGAGGAGAAGGAGGACAAGAAAGACGACAAGAAGGACGAUAAGGAUGACGAGAAGAAGGACGAUGAGAAGAAGGAUGACGAGAAGAAAGAUGAUGAGAAGAAGGAUGGUAGCAAGAAGGAGGGCGGCUCCAAGAAGGAAGCCGGCUCCAAGAAGGACGAGAAGAAGGAGGGAUCGAAGAAGGAGGGCAGUAAAAAAGAAGGUUCGAAGAAGAAAGAAGGAAGCAAGAAGGAGGGCUCGAAGAAGGAGGGCAGCAAGAAGGAGGGUUCCAAGAAGAGCAAGGAGGGCAGCAAGAAGGGCAAGAAGGAGGACGAGAAGAAGGACGGUGAUAAGAAGGAGGGCUCAAAGAAGGAAAAGUCCAAGGACGAGAAAAAGGACGGUGACAAGAAAGAGGAGGAGAAGAAAGACGAAAAGAAGGACGAAAAGAAGGAGGAGAAGAAAGACGAGAAGAAAGACGAGAAGAAAGACGAAAAGAAGGAGGAGAAGAAGGAGGAAAAGAAAGACGAAAAGACGGAUGAUAAGAAAGAAGAGAAGAAGGACGAGAAGACAGACGAAAAGAAGGAGGGCGACGAGAAGAAGGAGGGCGAGGAUAAGAAAGACGGCGAGAAGAAGGAGGAGGAAAAGAAGGAGGAAGAGAAGAAAGAAGAGAAAAAGGAGGAGAAGAAGGAGGAGGAGAAAAAGGAAGAGAAGAAAGAUGAUGGAAAGCCUUCUGUCGCGCCGGACACCUUGAAAUGGACGGCGGCCGCCGGCGAGCAGGUGCUCGUCAUCAAGAACGUCGGGAAGAGGCGAGCCUACAAAGUGAAGUGCUCGGACAACAAGAUCUACCGCAUCAACCCGGUGUUCUCGAUCGCCAAGGCUGACGAGGACAACAAGAUCACCAUCAACAGGAUCGCCGCCCCGGUCAAGGAGGACCGCAUCGAGAUCGUCCACUACGAAGCGCCCGACGAGAAGAUCACCAAGGCCGAGGACAUCUUCAAGGAUAAGACCCUCAAGACCGAGACGAUCAUCGUCCCCACCGGCACUGGAAUCAAGCCAGCGGCCCCGGCAGCUAGUGCUCCGGCAGCUGGUGCUCCUGCAGCUGGUGCUCCUGCAGCCCCAGCCGAUCCCGCUGCCCCAGCUGCCGCCAGUCCUGCAGCUCCAGCCGCCAGUCCCGCUCCGGCCGCUGCUAGCCCUGAUGCUGCCCAGGGCUACACCCUCGAGCCCAAGACCAUCGAGUUCCCGAAGCCGGCCGGCAAGCUGCCGAUCAAACUGACCAACACGACCGGCAAGCGAGCUGCCGUCAAGGUCAAGGUCUCCAACAACCAGAUCUACAAGGUCAACCCCGUGUUCGCUUUCGUGGCCGCCGGCGCCGCGCACAACAUCGAGAUCGAGCGCACCGGUACGGCUGCCGGCGCCGGUGAGAAGAUCGUCAUCGUGUUCGCCAAUUGUGAUGAUGCGGACAAGGACCCUGCGGCCGUGUUCAAGAAGGUGGCCCCGGCCGAGCAGAAGGCGACGACCCUCCCGGUCACCUUUGCCGCGAAG